GAGAUAACUAUAAAAGGAAGCCUGGCUCGGUGCUUCUUUUGGCUGAGGACGGAAUUAGUGGAACCAAUUAAGCGGAGGAAAAAGCGAUAUUAUCACGGAUGUAACCAGUUUAUUAGUAUGAUAACUUUACCAAAUAUGUAAUUUGUGUCCUCGGAGUGUCUUGUCCGUCGUUUGAAAGGAAAGAGUAUAAAUGGUGAGGAAUCCGUUCUGAAUAGUCGUCACAAUUCUUCGAAAUUCUCUACAAAUGUCGGGUUGCGACUGAUUCAACAAAGAAUUGCCGAAGACACGAAAUGAGGAUUAUUAUUAUUACUUGAAGACUGCCUGUUGAAUAUUAUGGUCAGUGAAGAAGUGAAAAAAAUGAGGCUGUGUUGUGUGUCUUGAAACCGUUCGCUUCAUUUCUCUCUCUCUCUCUCUCUCCCUUUCUGUCCCCAAUGCAGCAUUCAUUCUUUCCUGUUCGAAGAUUGUGCUACCAACCAGUUCCAUCGUUUGAACCAUUGGGACUGGUGUUAGAACAACAAUAUUCUAAUCUUCAAGUCAACAAACUCCCACCUCUACGGACAGACGAUGGAUUACCCAAAGAAAUACAACUAAUGUAUUAUUAUAGGUGGCAAAAAACAUUCCGAAGUAUUUCUUCUUGACAAUGAAAAGUAGACCAGUUACAGACAUUUAGAAUAUUAUAUUGUUUCGCGCUGAAGCUGUAAUUAACUGAAGCAGAAAAAACAUCCGGAGAUAAUGAGAUUACGGAAUCUGAACUAACAAUAUUGACUGUCGCCAAAAAGAAUCAGUGGAGACAGCUCGUUAUUCUUCAUCAGUCAUUACAAAGAACAUCAGGAUGGAAGAACUGUUCAACAACUAGGUUCUCACAGACCUGCUGUGCUUCUCUACUCUGUUACACUGAUAUUAUUAUCUCUUUAAUAUUGUUUCGUUAAACAGCAAUUCUGGAUCAACAACAGCCUGGAGCCGAAUGUGUACCAAGCAACAGCGAGGUACCGUCGGCUUGGUGUGCCGAAGAGUUGGAGCAAGAUAUAUUCCCACCCUGGGCCACGGUGGCGGCCUUGCGGGGUGCUACCGCUGCGGCGGCACCCACGCCGCUGUCGUCUAUGGCGACAACGCCUUCCACAUCUUCAUCCCUGAUUGCAACCGGUGUUGGGGCCGGGACCCAGUUGCCAGGGUUAUGUGGGGAGACCACGUCAGAAGAAUCUGCUGUCUACAUCAACAACAAUUUACCUACAAAUGCCUUUCCGGCCAUCGAAGACAUCCGUCGAAAAGGGAAACUCUGUGAUGUAACACUAAAGGUUGGAGACCAGAAAUUCACUGCCCACAGAAUUAUCCUUGCGGCUACCAUCCCUUACUUCCAUUCUAUGUUUACUCAUGAUAUGGUAGAGUCAAAACAAGAUGAAAUCCUCAUGCGUGGUAUCGAAUCCAGUGCGUUGGAAUCACUUGUGAAUUUUGCCUACAAUGGUCGUCUGGAAAUCAACAUAAACACGGUUCAAUCUCUGCUAGUGGCAUCUUGUUUUCUUCAGCUGCAAUGUGUUAAAGAAGCUUGUUGUAAUUUUCUGAAGACCAGACUUCAUCCGCAGAAUUGCCUUGGAAUUCGUAGUUUUGGUGAACAGUACAUGUGCCCCAGCUUAGUGGAGGCUGCGAACAAGUACAUUCAGAAACAUUUCAAAGAUGUUGCCAAUUCUGAGGAAUUCCUGAAUCUUGACAAAGCUGAAAUUUUAGAGAUAAUUUCUCGUGAUGAACUGCAUGUAAAAACAGAAGAAUUGGUAUUUGAAGCUGUGAUCGCCUGGGUAAAAAGAAAUCCCGUAUUAAGAAAAGAAGCUUUGCCUGAACUUAUGGUAAAGGUCCGCCUUCCUUUGCUGACGCCACAGUACCUUUCAGACUACGUUGCCCCAGAAGAAUUGAUAAAGAGUUCUAUACCAUGCAGAGACUUACUGGAUGAAGCUAAAGAUUAUCAUUUGAUGCCAGAAAGACGCCCCCUACUUCAAACAUUCAAGACACGGCCCCGCUGCUGUACUGAUAUACCAGGAAUAAUUUAUGCUGUUGGAGGAUUAACUUCCUCAGGGGAUUCUCUCAGUACAGUGGAAUGUUUUGACCCUGUGAACAGAAGAUGGAAAAUAGCUGAAGCCAUGAGUACCAUGCGCAGUCGAGUUGGUGUCGCUGUCCUUAAUUCCAAGCUUUAUGCCAUUGGAGGAUACGAUGGUCAAGACAGACUGAGUACUGUUGAAGUAUUUAAGCCUGAUACAAAACGAUGGAGAAAAGUUGCAUCUAUGAACUGUAAAAGAAGUGCCCUUGGUGCUGCAUCCCUUGGAAGGAAACUCUACAUCUGUGGCGGCUAUGAUGGUGUGUCUUCUCUACGAUCUGUAGAAGUCUAUGAUCCAAAGAUCAAUGUGUGGACAAUUAUUUCCAAUAUGUUAAAACACCGCAGUGCAGCAGGAGUAGCCAUUUUAGACGAAGAGAUAUAUGCUUGCGGAGGACAUGAUGGUCUUUCGAUAUUUGACUCUGUUGAGUGCUACAACCCAGCGACAAACACCUGGUGGAUGGUUCAACCCAUGCAGUCCAAGCGAUGCCGUCUGGGAGUGGCUACCCUCAAUGGCAAGCUCUAUGCUGCCGGUGGUUACGAUGGAUCUGUAUUUCUGCGAACGGUAGAGCGUUACGAUCCUUGCACACAAACAUGGACGUAUGUAAAGCAUAUGAACUUGAAACGUAGCAGAGUGGCACUGGUUGCAACAUGUGGCAAGCUCUAUGCUAUUGGUGGCUAUGAUGGUGUGGCUAACCUGAACUCAGUUGAGAUGUAUGACCCUGAAAUGGACACAUGGACUUUUGCUGCUUCAAUGUGUGCUCAUGAAGGUGGAGUUGGUGUCGGUGUCAUGCCAACUGAACCAGAGCUCUGAGAUUAGUCUUUAAAAUCCUAUCUUCAACCCUUUACCAUAUUUGCCAGCGUAUAAACACACCCUUGCAUAAAACAUACCCCUGUUUUGUUGGGGAAAAUGUGAUUCUUUGAAAGUAAAAAAACGAUAUUGAUAGCAUACAGGAAUAAAAUUUGAAGCCCUAAGUGUGUCAUAGAUAAACUAUGUUAUGGGAGUAUCAUAUCUUAAUUUUAUCUUCUCUUAGUUCGAUUUUAUAGUUAUUUAUAUUUUGGCUGUGAUGUUUUAUGUAACCACAAUCAGCCACUAUGGUGGCGCACCAUCUCUGGUUUUGUCAUCAUCCACGCAUUGCCAGCAGCUGAGAGUGGGUGAAAGUUUGCAAAGUUUUAACAUUCCUUUCGUCUUUCUGGGAAAUUUUAUUUAGAUUAUUAAAAACUGUUUUUUAAAAGUAAGAUUUCAUUAAAUAAAGUAAGAUGCGUAUCAGGUCUGGGUUAUGUAUGCAGAGGAAGCGGGUAUAAUGGGAUGAUGUGACCUCUCCGUGUAACUGCCAGCCUUUUAUAAGCAAGUUUUCCUCUAAGUUUGUGCUAACAGUCUGUGAUAUUUUGGCUUGUUUUUGAUAUUUCAUUAUUAGUAACAAUUAUUUUACUAAGCAGAUUUAUGUUUAUCUGGAUCACUAGCCUACAACAUGCAGUCUCCCCUCCGUAAUAUGAGCACAUUAGAUACAGGACAGUUUUUUUUGAUACAUUUAAAAAUAAAAAAAAAACUGCAUCUUAUACGCUGGCAAAUAUGGUAAGUCAA